GUGAUUUCUACAUGUACGGAGUGCAUCGUAUAUUCAUGUUCUAUUCGAUCUAAAUUCACAAACAGAUACCUGACAUAUCCGCUAAAACAAGCGGGGCAAUCCUUCGCCAAUAAGCCUACCCCUCCAGGUAUUACCCGACGUCCAUAAGUCCAAAAUGGAGAAAGUCGAAUCACUCGUGGACCGUGCUAAACACCUAGUACUCCACGAACCACCCACGACACCGACACACACCGUGGAGAAAUUCCACCCAUCUUUGGACGAUCAUAUCCAGAAGAUCUACAAGUCUGUUGGUGCAUAUGCUCCAACUACAAAUUAUUUCCUCAAUGAAAUGCAACAUGACAUCACCGUCGCCAAUUCUCCUGAGCCAGUCACCGACGCUUUGGCUUCUCUGGAUGCCUUUCGUGCCUACAUGAAAGAUGCGAACUCAUCUGCGAUGGGACCAGAAGAAGGCCUGGAUCUUUCCGCGCCUCUUUCAGAUUACUAUAUCUCGUCGAGCCACAACACCUAUUUGACGGGUAAUCAGCUGUACAGCGACGCUGCUGCUAGUGCCUAUACAUCUGUCCUCCUCCGCGGCUGCAGGUCCGUCGAGAUCGAUGUCUGGGAUGGAGAAUUGGACACCCCCAAAUCAAGCGACAGCGAGAUAAGCAGCGACAGUAGCAGCAGUGAUUCAGAGACGGAAGAAGGGAGGAGUAUGCGGAGCAAGCUGAAAGAGAAGAUGAAGGUCAAGAAAAGUGGCCAGGAAAAACCCGCCAAAGGACCGAAAAAAUCAGUCGCGUCCAAAUUGGAAGCCAAACUUGAUGGCGUCCUUCGCCGCAAAUCCGUCAAGUCGCCCCAGCGACCAUCGGACGAAGAUACCGCGACAAGCCAGAUGCCUGUUCCCGUUGAGCCCCGUGUUCUGCAUGGCCAUACCCUAACCAAGGGAACUACAUUCCGUGAAAUCUGCUAUACAAUCCGUGACAGUGCAUUUGUUGCCAGUGACCUUCCACUGGUCAUUAGUCUCGAGGUACAUGCGUCUCUUGAGCAGCAACAGACGAUGGUUGACAUCAUGAUUGCUGGUAGAGGCUCCUCCGGAUGGGGGAAGCUUCCCUCGCUAUCUGAUCUGAAGAAGAAGAUCUUGAUCAAGAGCAAAUGUGUUCCACUCAGCGGCGAGGACGAGAAACCCGAAGGAGAAGCUCUGACGCCACAGAAAUCCGAUGAUAAGUCCUCGGGGCAGCAGUCGCCGAAGCCAUCAAAGAUUCUUGACGCUCUGGCCAAGAUGGCAGUUUAUACUCGCGCAUAUCAUUUCAGUCAUUUUGAUCAACCGGAGGCCAAAGUUCCUCUCCAUGUAUUCUCGCUCUCCGAGAAAGCAGCGCGAGAAGCCCAUGCCAACCAUCGCGAUGCCUUGUUUGAGCACAACCGAACAUCUCUGAUGCGUAUCUACCCGUACGCAUUCCGAGUCACCUCGUCGAACCUGGAUCCAACAUUCUACUGGCGACGUGGCGCUCAACUAGUAGCAUUGAACUGGCAGAACCUAGAUAAGGGCAUGAUGCUCAACCACGGGAUGUUUGUGGGAACCCACGGCUGGCGACUGAAGCCCUCUGGCUACCGAAGCAGCAAAUCUCCGACAGAUGUCAUUCAGCGCCGCAGCCUAACCCUCUCAAUCGAGAUAUUCGCCGCGCAAGAUCUCUCUCUGCCGCCAGGCGACCACAGCGAGAGGGGAUUCAAACCCUAUGUGAACUGCCAGCUGCACGUCGAAGAACCGGAAGGUGAUGUUGCCCCGGACCAGGACGACGCCAGCUCCGACACAGAGAAAAGCAGCUACAGGCGGUGCACGAAGAGUUCAUCAGGUCGGAACCCGGAUUUCAAGGGUCAGAAAUUGGAGUUCCCGACCGUGACGGGAAUAAUUGAGGAGCUGAGUUUCUUACGGCAUAAACCCUGCAUUGUGAUACCCGCCAAAGAACAUAUGCACUUGCCCGCAUCACAUGAACAUGACGACUGGGCUUGGUAUUUGCUUCUUCCGGACUUCCCCCUUCGUAACACGAUGCAUCGUGUGGGCUUGGGCUCAGCAGGGCGACCUGUAGUUUUCCUCAGCACCACCCCACUAUCAUGCACGCUGCCCUAUAAUGCGUUUCACGUUCGAAGAAUGCAAGCACUAUGUACAAACAAGCGACUGACUCGAUUCUGUUUUCUUUUCUUUAGGUUCAAGAUCAAGGAUGACGAGAUCGGUCGUGAUCCCUUGGCUGCGUGGGCUUGCAUCCGACUUGACCGGCUGCGGGAGGGCUAUCGGCUGGUUCAUCUCCAUGAAUGCGCUGGCGAGAAGACUGGGGGUAUCUUGCUGGUUAAUAUUGUGAAGCGGGUUACUUAA